AUGACGUUCACCCCAGUCUCUCAGGAUGAAUCCGAUGCCGGACUUAACGACCCACGCUCUUUGCACAAGAGAAGAUUGACAGGGUUCUCUAUCCACGAAAUUAAGUCUAUCGAGUCACAAAUUCCGUUGGAAUCCAGAGAAAUCUGGAAGAAGUUUGCCAGAAAAGAUAUCAAAACAAAAGAAGACUUUGAGAAAGAUUUUGUCAACCAUGUAGAAACAUCUUUGGCCCGCUCAAUGUAUAAUUGUGACAACUUGGCCGCUUACCAGGCUUCUUCGCUUGCUAUUAGAGAUAAGCUUAUCAUCAAGUGGAAUCAAACCCAGCAAACACAGACCAUGCUUGACCAAAAAAGAGUGUACUACAUGUCUUUUGAAUUCUUGAUGGGGAGGGCUAUGGAUAACGCCAUGAUCAAUACUGGCCUCAGAACUCCGAUAAAAGAGUCUGUUUCCGAACUUGGCUUUUCCUUGGAAGAUUUGAUUGAAGAAGAACCAGAUAUUUCUAUCGGUAACGGUGGUUUGGGUAGACUUGCUGCCUGCUACUUGGAUUCAUUUGCCACUUUGAAUUAUGCUGCUUGGGGGUAUGGUAUCCGAUAUGAGUAUGGUAUCUUUUCACAAAAGAUUGUUAACGGGUACCAGGUUGAGUACCCAGAUUAUUGGUUGACCUAUUCUAACCCUUGGGAAAUUGUCAGAACCGAAAUCCAGUACCCAGUCGAUUUCUAUGGUUAUGUCGAGGAAGUUCCGGUUUACGAAGGGGCUACCGAGAAGAAAAAGGUUUGGGUUGGUGGCGAAAGAGUUUUGGCAUUGGCUUAUGAUUUUCCAGUUCCAGGUUAUGGAGCUGAUGCUAAUGUCAACAAUUUGAGAUUAUGGUCCGCUAGACCAACUCAUGAAUUUGAUUUUGCCAAGUUCAAUUCCGGUGAAUACCAAAACUCUGUGGAAGCGCAACAACGGGCCGAGUCUAUUACUGCAGUUUUGUAUCCAAAUGAUAAUUUUGACGCCGGUAAAGAGUUGAGAUUGAAACAACAAUACUUUUGGGUCGCUGCAUCCUUACACGAUAUUAUCCGUCGUUUCAAGAAAUCAAAGAGACCAUGGAGGGAAUUCCCUGAUCAAGUGGCUAUCCAAUUGAAUGAUACUCAUCCUACAUUGUGUAUUCCAGAAUUACAAAGAGUAUUAGUUGACUUGGAAGGCUUGUCCUGGGAUGAGGCAUGGAAGAUUGUGGUUAGAACUGUCGGUUACACCAACCACACUGUGAUGCAAGAAGCUUUAGAAAAGUGGCCAUUGACCAUCUUCCAAAAGUUAUUACCUCGUCAUUUGGAAAUUAUUUACGACAUCAAUUUCUAUUUCUUGCAAAGCGUUUCCAAAAAGUUCCCUGGUGACAACAACCUAAUGACCAGUGUUUCCAUCAUUGAGGAGUCAAACCCAAAACAAGUCAAAAUGGCUAAUUUGGCUGUCAUUGGUUCUCAUUAUGUCAACGGGGUUGCCGCUUUGCAUUCUGACUUAAUUAAGCUCACAAUCUUUAAAGACCUUGUCAAGGUCUUUGGCGGCGACAAGUUUGGUAAUGUCACCAAUGGUAUCACUCCAAGAAGAUGGCUCAAGCAAGCUAAUCCUAAAUUGGCGGAGUUGAUUAGUAGUAAAUUGGGCGGAGAUGAGUACUUGUCUGACUUGAACUUAUUGAAGAACUUGGAAAAAUAUCUUGAAGAUAAGGAAUUCAAAUCAAAAUGGCAAGAAGUUAAGACAUUUAAUAAGACCAGACUUUCCAAAUUGGUUAAGGAUUUGACUGGAUAUGAAAUUGAUCCAACUUUCCUAUUUGAUAUUCAGGUCAAGAGAAUCCAUGAAUACAAGAGACAGCAAAUGAAUAUUUUUGGAGUUAUUUACAGAUAUUUGCAAUUGAAAUCUUGUUCUCCAGAGGAACGUAAAAAAUUCCAACCAAAAGUCUCUAUUUUUGCUGGUAAAGCUGCGCCAGGUUACUAUAUGGCCAAAAGAAUUAUCAAGUUAAUUAACAAUGUCUCUCAAGUUCUCAAUAACGAUCCAGAAACUAGGGAAUAUUUACAAUGUGUUUUCAUCCCAGAUUACAAUGUUUCUAAGGCCGAAAUUAUCAUUCCAGCUUCGGAUAUAUCCGAGCAUAUUUCUACUGCUGGUACUGAGGCUUCUGGUACUUCAAACAUGAAAUUUGUCUUGAAUGCUGGCUUGCUCAUCGGUACCUUAGAUGGUGCUACCGUGGAAAUCGCUAGAGAAAUCGGAGAAGAAAACGUUUUCUUGUUUGGUCACUUGUCAGAAAAUGUCGACAAGGUUAGAGCCUCUCACCUUUUCGAUGUCAAGUUGCCUAGCUCUUUGGAAACUGUAUUCCAAGCCAUUGAUGGUGACGUAUUUGGUGAUUCCCAUGAAUUUAAACCAUUGUUAGACUCGAUCAGACAUCAUAGUGAUUUCUAUAUUGUUUCUGAUGAUUUCAAUUCAUACUUGGAAGCACAAAGGUUAAUUGAUGAAACUUUCAAGGGUGACCACGAUAUCUGGAUUCGGAAAUGUAUCACCUCUGUUGCUAACAUGGGUUUCUUCAGUUCCGAUAGAGCUGUUGAGGAAUACGCGGAGAUGAUAUGGAACAUUGAACCGUUAUCUAAAUGA